ACCGAAAGUCCCAUUAUCAUGUCUGUGUCUGCUUCGAAAGCUAAGAGAGAACAAAAGCGUUUGGAAAGAGAGGCCAAGAAGGCCGCCGAGGGUAAGACCUCGAAAAAGACCAAGAAGCAAGCUGCUAAGGAUGCUGAAGAAGUCGAAGAAGAAGACGUCUCUGCUCAGAUUGCCAAGUUGAAGAUGCAAACCGACGAUGACGGAUUGUCCGACAGAGUUACUACUGGUGUGUUGGAAUCUUUGCAGACCUCCAGAGAUAUCAAGUUGUCGUCAGUGUCAUUGUUGUUCCACGGUAAGGUGUUGAUCCAGGAUACUACUUUAGAAUUGAACUACGGUAGAAGAUACGGGUUGUUGGGAGAAAAUGGAUGUGGUAAGUCGACUUUAUUGAAGUCGCUUGCUGCAAGAGAAUACCCAAUUCCCGAACAGAUCGAUAUCUACUUGUUGAACGAGCCUGCUGAACCUACAGAGUUCUCAGCCUUGGAGUACGUUGUUAGAGAAGCUGAGCACGAGAUGAAGAGAUUGGAAGACCUUGUAGAAGACCUCAUCAUCAAGGAUGGCCCUGAAUCACCAGCAUUGGAAGGUUUGUAUGAAAAGAUUGACGAAAUGGACCCUUCCACUUUUGAAGCAAGAGCUGCUGUCAUCUUGACUGGUUUGGGUUUCAACCCCAUCACCAUUCAGAAGAAGACCAAGGACAUGUCUGGUGGAUGGAGAAUGCGUGUAGCCUUAGCAAAGGCUCUUUUCGUCAAGCCCACCUUGUUGUUGUUGGACGACCCAACUGCCCAUUUGGACUUGGCUGCCUGUGUCUGGUUGGAAGAGUACUUGAAGAGAUUCGACCGUAUCUUGAUUUUGGUUUCGCACUCGCAGGAUUUCUUGAACGGUGUCUGUACCAACAUGAUCGACAUGAGAAUGAAGCAGUUGUUCUUAUACGGUGGUAACUACGACUCUUACGUCAAAACCAGAGCCGAAUUGGAAACCAACCAGAUGAAGCAAUACGCCAAGCAACAGGAAGAAAUCGCACACAUUAAAAAGUUUAUUGCAUCUGCCGGUACUUAUGCAAACUUGGUCAAGCAAGCAAAAUCCAGACAAAAGAUCUUGGACAAGAUGGAAGCCGACGGGUUGAUCCAACCUGUAGUUCCAGACAAGGUGUUUUCAUUCAGAUUCCCAGAUGUCGAAAAGUUGCCUCCUCCAGUGUUGGCCUUCGAUGACAUGUCGUUUUCGUACUCUGGUAAACCUGAAGACAACUUAUACGAACACUUGGACAUCGGUAUCGAUAUGGAUUCCAGAGUUGCUUUGGUUGGUCCCAACGGUGUGGGUAAGUCCACAUUGUUGAAGUUGUUCCAAGGUAUCUUGGAGCCACAACAGGGAAGAGUCAUCAAGCACACACACAUCAAGUUGGGUGUCUACUCCCAACAUUCAGCUGAUCAGUUGGACUUGACGAAGACUCCAUUGGAGUUUGUUCGUGACAAGUUCUCUAAAAUCUCAGAAGACUUCCAGUACUGGAGACAGCAGUUGGGUCGUUACGGUUUGACUGGUGAAGGUCAGACUUCCCAAAUGGCCACUUUGUCCGAAGGUCAGAGAUCCCGUGUUGUUUUUGCAUUAUUGGCUUUGGAAGCUCCCAACUUGAUCUUGUUGGAUGAACCUACUAACGGUUUGGACUUGUCUACGAUUGACUCCUUGGCUGAAGCCAUCAACGCAUUCAACGGUGGUGUUGUUGUCGUCUCACACGAUUUCAGAUUGUUGGACAAGGUCGCCAAGGACAUCUUCGUCAUUGAAGACAAGACAGCCACCAGAUGGGAAGGCUCCAUCUUGGACUACAAGAAGACAUUGGCCGCCAAGGUUGUUCUUUAAACAGCUUCAAAUCCAUAUGUUUCUUUCUAUUCUUAUGUAUUCUAUUUAACGGUUUGUUUUCUUGUUAUUAAGGUUAAUAUAUAAAUAAUACUAAAUUGACUGC